UGGGUACGGGAUACCAGAGAAUCAUAUUAUAUUUUAGUAUUUUAGUGUGUUAAAAAUCGCAAGAGAAUAUUGUCAGAGAAACGGGACCCUAGACACCGUUUAGGCAACUGUCAUUUUCCGAGUUUGGCGAAUGUUCGAUUUUGGUGCUUAGUCGUUGUGAACAGUCAGAAGUAAAUCACCAUCUCAACAAUCUCAACUGUAUUUUUUAAUUAAAUGCAGAACAACGAGAGGUAUUGGGGCUGAAGAUACUCGAGGAACGUGUCAUACAUUUUAAAAAGAAUAAAGGAUGGCACAUGGUUCUCAAAAUUACGGGUCGACAGACCACAGGACUGAUGUACCUGAUGUGGGAUUCAGUCCAACUGAACUUUACAGCCUCAGUGAGAAUAUAACAACAAAUAUAUAUACGAUAAAUACCGGCUGGAAAACACUGGAAAGAGCAUUCAAAAGCAUAGGGACUAGUAAAGAUAAUCAGGGGCUCAGGGACAAAGUGCAUAAUACUCAAAUGAGUACAAAUCAAGUGGUCACCCAAACGAGUAAAGACAUAGCUAGGCUGACAGUACUGAUGAGGCGUGGUGAUAAACAGCAAAAGUUACAAAUAGAAAAACUAACGACAGACUUCAAAGAAGCAGUACGAAGAUAUUCUGACAUGCAAAAAACACUAGCUGAUAAAUCUAAGAGGCAUAUCUUACCCUCUACAAAUCUUAUGGAUAGUCAGGAUGGUGAUGGUGACGUUGAUGUGGAUGUUGAUGUUGAUGUUGAUGUUGAUGUUGAUGUUGAUGUUGAACGUCAGAGUCUCAUGCAAGCCUACAUGGAUGAUGAAAAAAAAGCAGAGCUAAGAACAUUAGAAUUCGAGCAAGGCAUGGUACUGGAACGAGAGGAUAGGAUAAAGCGUGUUGAGGGUAAUAUCCUCGAUGUGAAUCAAAUAAUGAGAGAAUUAGGUGCACUGGUACAUCAACAGGGGGAUGCAAUUGAUACCAUUGAAAAUAAUAUUGAGAACGUUCAUGGAAAUGCUGAGCUAGGGGCACAGGAGCUCGUAAAGGCCAGUAAUUAUCAAAGUAAAUUCAGACGGAAAAUUUGCAUUCUCCUCGUAAUAGCUGUUAUCGUUCUCAUUAUACUGACCAUUAUUCUAGUCACGAAAUUGAGUUAGCGCUUCCAGCCAAUGUAGAUUAUAUUUUGUUCAAACUAACCAAGGGCUGUCUCAAUUACCUUUACUAUUUUUUAUCACUACUAUUGUGGAGAAGAAAGAUAUUCUAUGUCUUUUUGUUUUUAAUAUGAAUUAUGAAAACGCACAAAACGAGUAUUACUCUCGAUAAGUUGUUUUUCAUUGUAUAGAAUAUAGGCAAAGGUUUCAUUAUUCUCAGCUGCCAGUAAUGAAAUGGAAUUUAAUU